AUGUUUGGGUUUCAGAGUUUUGAGUCAACCCUCAAAGCCCUGAGGGUCCGCAAGAAAGAACUCAGAGAGAAAGAGGAGCAGAGGAAAGAGUAUCUGAAGAAAUUUGACAACUUCCUGAAUGAUAAUGAAGUAAAACGAUAUAGAGCGGUUAGGAAGGCUGGCCGAGAGAGGGAACUGACCAAUCAGAAGCAGGCGGAACUAGCCACACUCCAGGAGGAGAUGGAAGCUCUUAUCAAAGAGAGAGAUCGUCUGGAGAAACGAGUACAGAAGAAUGCUAUCUACCCCCGAUAUUUGGAUAAAGUGGUUCAGGCCAGUGAACAGUUUCAGGAGGCCCGACAGGUGAUGUCUCGCUACGACACAUUAAUGCUGAACAGGGAGGACCUUGUCCGGACUACCCAGCAGAACCAGGAGAGCACAGAGAAGGCCCGAGCCCAACUGGCCCGCUUCACGGAGCAAAGCAACGACACUCUGUUGCACUACAACAAUACCCUGGCCCAGUUACAGAGCCAGCUCGACCAAGCCCGCGCUGAGGGCCUGAUUUGGGAAUCAAGAUGGGCCCACAUUCAGAACACAGCUGCCAAGAAGACACUGCUAUUGGGCACAAUCAAGAUGGCCACACUGAACCUGUACCAGAGUGUGUGGAAGCGGGGAAAAGACAACGGGGAAUCCCCUGUUCUGCCAGAGGACACGCUGAAACAGCUGGAGAAGAUCCAGAUGUUCUUAGCUGAUCUGAUCUCCAUUUGGGAGGAGGUGAGCAAGCCAGAUCAGCCAGGACCAUCCGGACACCGAUAGAAGGAUCCCCUUCAAUCUAGUA